AUGAACAAGCCACCGACAGACGACACGAAGGCUCCUUCACGAGGUGCAGGAGCCAGAACCGGAGCUGGAAAAUCUAAAGAGAAAUCUGAGGUGCAGCUAACGAAACUACAACCUGAGACAACAAAGGACACAACACAAGACUCGGCAGCGGCUACAAAACCAAAGAAACAUCUCGGCACAGUCAAAUCAGAGGAGGAGGAGACAGAGACAACACAGCCAGAGGACAUCACCAAGAUUUCUUUGGUGUUCAAAAAACGAAAAACCUGUGCUGGCAAAGACGAAUCAAAAGAAGAAUCUGAGGUGCAGCUAACGAAACCACAGCCAGAGAUGGAAACUGACACAACACAAGACUCUGUCACAGUCAAAUUAGAGGAGGAGACAGAGACGACACAGCCAGAGGACACCACCAACUCUUCUUUUGUGUCCACAAAACCAAGAACCGGAGCUGGCAAAGACGAUUUAAAAGAAGAAUCUGAGGUGGAGCUAACGAAACCACAGCCAGAGAUGGAAUCUGACACAACACAAGACUCUGUCACAGUCAAACUAGAGGAGGAGACAGAGACGACACAGCCAGAGGACACAAAGACUUCUAUUGUGAUUAAGAUCAUAGACAAAUCAAGCACAUCAGAAGUCGUCAAUAAAUUGAUAAAACACCUAAUUAACCAUUUAAAGAAGAAGACUACCUGCUUUACAACAGCAGAGGCACUACGCACUGGAAGUUACAAUGAAAAUGUAGAAAUUUCUAAACCUGAUGAAUUUGACGUCAUGCUGUCCAUCGAUGUUGACCGGGUGGACAUUAAACCAUUUGGAGAUAACGGAGCCUUCUACAGAGUUGCUUUCAAACGUGGCAAAAACCCGCUGAAGAAAUUUCGGAAAGGAAACAUUUUAUCUGCCAGAAAAAUGCUGAGAAAGUUCAGGCACGAAGUGAAGAAGUGCGUCAAGGCUGUUCCAGAAUGGGAGGUGACAAGAAAGAAACCUGGCUGUCCUGCAGUUACUAUGACGACUACAGUUCAGUCUGUGAUCAUCUCCCUGGAUGUUGUUCUCUGCAUCAAGGUCCGAAAACACUGGCCAGAUUCUACCAAACAGGGCUUUCAGAUCGAUAAAUGGCUGGGGACUAAAGAGAAGAAGAAACACAAGAAACCCCCAUAUUAUCUUGUCCCAAAAUACGAAGGCAGUGGAGAAGACAAGCAUGAAGGCGUUUCAGCUAAAGAUGCUUGGCUGGUUUCAUUCUCUCAUGUUGAUAAGGGCAUUAUGUUGAUUAUCCGCUCGGAGAAGACGGGCUGUGAAAGAGAAGACCAACGCUGCUGCAGGAAGGACUGUUUAAAGCUCCUGAAACACCUUCUCAGUCUGCUGAAAGAAAAAGAACCUUCAUUUGAGAAGUUCCAAUCCUACCAGACCAAGAAAACCCUGCUCCACGCCUGCAGCUCCAGAGUAGACGACCGUGACUGGAGCGCCUCCAGUCGGAGCCGCUGCUUCAAAAAACUAAAAACCUGUGCUGGCAAAGACGAAUCAAAAGAAGAAUCUGAGGAGGAGCUAACAAAACCACAGCCAGAGACAACAAAGGACACAACACAAGACUCUGUCACAGUCAAAUCAGAGGAGGAGACAGAGACCUGGGCUUCAGUGGACUCUCUUCUCUCCACAACUCUGGAUAAAUUGAGGAUUAAGAUGAUAGACAUAUCAAGCACAUCAGAAGUCGUCAAUAAAUUGAUAAAACACAUAAUCAAGCAUUUAAAGAAGAAGACUAACUGCUUUACAAAAGUAGAGAAACUAAACACUGGAAGUUACUAUGAGAAAGUAAAAAUUUCUAAACCUGAUGAAUUCGACGUCAUGCUGUCCAUCUUUGUUGACCGGGUGGACAUUGAACCGUUUGGAGAUAAUGGAGCCUUCUACAGUGUGGCUUUCAAACGUGGCAAAAACCCGCUGAAGAAAUUUCGGAAAGGAAACAUUUUAUCUGCCAGAAAAAUGCUGAGAAAGUUCAGGCACGAAGUGAAGAAGUGCGUCAGGGCUGUUCCAGACUGGGAGGUGUCAAUGGAGAAACCUGGCUGUCCUGCAGUUACUAUGACGACUAACGUUCAGUCUGUGCUCGUCUCCCUGGAUGUUGUUCUCUGCAUCAAGGUCCGAAAACACUGGCCAGAUUCUACCAAACAGGGCUUUCAAAUCGAUAAAUGGCUGGGGACUAAAGUGAAGAGGGAUUACAAGAGACAGCCAUAUUACUUUGUCCCAAAAUACGAAGGCAGUGGAGAAGACGAGCAUGACGGCGUUUCAGCUAAAGAUGCUUGGCGGGUUUCAUUCUCUCAUGUUGAGAAGGACAUUCUGUUGAAGCACGGCUCAGACAAGAAGUGCUGUGAAAGAGAAGGCCAACGCUGCUGCAGGAAGGACUGUUUGAAGCUCCUGAAACUCCUUCUCGGUCUGCUGAAAGAAAACGAAACUUCAUUUGAGAAGUUCUACUCCUACCAGACCAAGACCACCUUGUUCCACACCUGCAGCUCCAGAGGGCAAGACAGUGACUGGAGCGCCUCCUGUCUGAGCCGCUGCUUCCUGCAGCUGCUGGAGGACUUUAUAGGACAUCUGAAGAAAUGUGUUCUCCCCAACUUCUUCAUCCCAGAUCAGAACCUCCUCUUCGGCAUUGACAAGAAGAAGUGCCUUCUCCUGGCUCGUUGUAUCGAGGAGCAACGUGACAAAGACUUUCCUAUUUUCAGUUGUUGGCUUCAGAUCAAUGAGGAGUAGCUUGAUUAGACUCAUCUGACCUUUACGUUGAUAUUUAUGCUGCAAAAGGUGCCUU